AUGAGUUUUCCAGGCGCAAGCGGUUCGGGGCUGAACCCCGGCCUCACGGGUGCGGGGCUUCCUCCAUCAACAACGGGACUAAACGAACAGGAGCAGGCCAUGGUUAAGAUGAUGACCGGUGCGAUGGAGUCAUGUCCAGUUAAAACGGUAAUGGCUGGAGGAAUGGGCUUCGCACUCGGAGGCGCGUUUGGCUUGUUCAUGAGCAGUAUGUCGUACGACACACCUCUCACACCCCAAGGCCAGCAAAUCUCCUCUCUACCGGUGCGCGAGCAACUCCGGCGAGGCUUCAAGGACAUGGGAUCUCGAUCGUAUAGCAGUGCAAAGAACUUUAUGGUUGUCGGUGCUCUUUUCAGCGGAACCGAAUGCUGUAUCGAAGGACUCCGUGCUAAAAACGACCUUGCUAACGGUGUUGCUGCCGGCUGUAUCACUGGUGGAAUCCUUGGUGCCAAAGCAGGUCCUCAGGCGGCUCUCCUGGGAUGUGCUGGAUUUGCGGCAUUCAGUGCGGCCAUUGACGCGUACAUGAGGCAACCGUCCGAUUAA